AUGCACACCGUCUCGACGGUAAUAUUACUGGUGGCUGCCAUACUAGCAGUAUCGGCUCAGCAAUACCAACAAUCAGGUGGUAACUAUGUCGAUGACUACUCCGCCUACGAAACCGCGAGACCGGCUCAUCCGACCCCCCGAAGUUACGCGACGGACGCGGUGCCGAAUCGACAAGCAGCCGCGCCUACGACCCCUAAACCGACUCCAGUAGCGAUCUUGAAACAGAUAAACAGGCACAACGAGGACGGCUCGUACACGUACGGUUUCGAAGGCGCAGACGGUUCCUUCAAGAUCGAGACGAAACUGCCAACCGGUGACGUGAAGGGUAAAUACGGCUUCGUGGACGACACUGGCAAAGUACGCGUGGUUGAGUACGGAGCGAACCAAUUGGGCUUCCAACCAGCCGGAGAGGGUAUCACCGUGGCACCACCGACACUGGAGGACGAGACUACCAGUAGGGAAGCUCUGGAGGCCCAAGCCUAUCAGGCAGCGAAUCAGCAAGCAGCCAGGCCAGUUGCGCCCCUCCGAGCUGCUGCGCCUGCGCCCCGUCCAGCAUCCCUUCAGCAGCAACAACAGCUUCAAUACGACCAGUCUGCCUACCAACCCCAGAGUCACACUCAGGCAGUCUACUCUGCGCCAUCGGCCAGACAACAGGCUUUCCCCAAGCCCCAAAUCUUCACGCCAGCCGCUCAACCCCAACCCCAACUCUCAAGACAGACACCAAUCCUUCAGCAAAACGAGGAACAAGCGCCUCCCUCCCAGCUGUACAACCAAGGACCAGCUCAGUUUGGUCCCGCGCCAGCCCAAGAACACCGGUCCCAGCCUCAGCCUCGCAGCCAAAGCGGUGGUCUUCUUGAUCAGCUAGCUAGAGACUACGCUCUGCCCCAAGGCGUCGCGCCACCAUUACACGAUAUCAGUUUUGGUUAUUACUAA